GUCGACAUGGCAGGCACAGCAACGGCGCAGAAGCGAGUGAGGGCGAUCAGUUAUCCGAUAGGGCAGACCUGAAGGGAGAGGGAGAAGGACAGCAACAACGGAAGCUAGCGCGGAAGCGGCCGCUGCCUGAGUUCUCCGCCCGCACGCUCAUCAAUGGUACCCAAGGAUUGCUGUGUAGCUGACUUGCGCUGAAAGUUGACGUGACUGCGCUCCACGCUCUCUGGUGCUGGCAAAUCGUACUGUAGAUCCGUCCAUGGUUUGCAGGUCUAGGCGAGGCGCAGAUGGACAGCGAAACAGUCGGUCCCCUUGCCGGCUGGGACGGGCCAAGGGCGCGAGCGAGCGAGGCAUUAAGGUUCGCACAGGGACCAUAUUCGCGUGGCUGGCUUGGCUCGCCCUCCGUGUCGCGCGGCAUCAACUCCGCCCCGCCUGCUCCAGCCUCCAGCUCCUGCCUGACAGCUCCGUACAGACAGACACACCACAACCAGCCGAGGGGCCUCGCUCUCUUUCCCGUAUCGACAUCCUCACCGUCCCCCUACACUCAUAUACCCCGUCUUGCCUUGAUCUGGCACCAGUGUACGGUCGGAACGCUCCGAGACGGUCUACAAGGCCACUCGGAACCACAGGCAAAGUCGCCCAGAAGCGGCACGUCUCGUCUCGUCUCGUCUCAGCAUCGAUACCUGACUUCCUCAUCAUCAUCAUCAUCAUCGCCGUCGCUCGCCCUCGCCCUUCACGUCUUCCUCAUCUGUGACAUAGCAGCAACAACCGCUCACCCGGCAGCACGCUCGGGCUCAAAAGCCGCGACAGGUAGCCCCUGAUCCACAUACAUCUGCUGCAAGCUCUGAUCUAAAUCGAAGUCGCGACGUUAGCGUUCUGAUUCU